AUGGUGGCAAAUGGCGGGGAAAAGAAGGGAGGCGAGAGAACAGCGGGGAACGGGAACCGAAGCGAGGAGGGAGAGGAGGAUGGGAGAGACGAGCCGGAGAGGAACGAUUCGGGGGAGGUAGAGCAGGCAGGAGGGUCGGACGCGGCGUCGGGAGAGGACGAAGGGGAUGGCGGAGGAGAGGACGGAGGGGAGGAAUACGCGGACGGGAAAGAGGCGGACGGGGAGGAAGCGGAGUACGAAAAUGCUGACGGAAAAUUAGACGGCGACGGAGGCAAGGAAGACGAGGAGGAAGAGGAAGACGGGAAGGAGGACGAUGACGAAGACGGAGACGGAGAAGAGGACGGAGAGGACGACGAGGAAGAGGAGGAGGAAGACGGAGAGGAGGAUGAGGAGGGGGAGGACGAGGAGGAGUGCGACGAUCAGUCGCCCGUGGAGGAGGUCGCACUGACGGUGGCGACGUUCGACGACCCGUCGCUGCCGUGCCUGACGUGGCGCGUCGUAAUCAUUGGCAGUAUCGUGUGCGCGCUGCUCGCCUUCAUCAACCAAUAUUUCUGGUUCAGGUGGGCCGUGCUUCUGGUUCAGGUGCGGGCUGCUUCAGGUGGGCGCGGCUUCAGGACCCAGUCCAUCAUAAUCAACCCCAUCGCUGCUAUCAUCCUAUCUCUCUACAUGGGUCGCCUCUUAGCGAGGAUAGAGCGCCGCUUCAACCCCGAUGCACUCCCCUUCAGCGUCAAGGGGAGAGGUGCGGGGGAGGAGGGGGGAGGUGUGGGGGAGGUGGGGGGGAGGUGGGGGGGAGGGGGGGGGGGGAGGUGGUGGGGGGGAGGGGGGGGGGAGGUGGUGGGGGGGAGGGGGGGGAGAGAUGGGGGGGAAAGGAGAGAGGAGAUGCGGGGGGAGGGAGGGGGGGGGGUGCGUGCGUGCGUGUGGGCAUGCUGCAUGAUGCUGCUUCCCGUCCACUGCCCCCCACAGGAGCAUGUGCUGAUCGGCAUUUUCGCCAACUGCGGUUCAGCCUUUGGCAACGGCAAUGCGUAUGCCAUUGACAUCGUGACCAUCAUGAAGCAAUUCUACGACGUUGUGAGUGCCUCCUGCCCUCCUGCCCCCACGCCCUCCUGCCCCCACGCCCUCCUGCCCCCACGCCCCCAUUACCCCAUACCUCCAUUGCAACCCACCCCCAUAUCUCUGUGCUUCCACCUCGCUUCUCUGCACUGCACCCUUCUGUGUGCAUGUUCAUGUGCCGCCACCCUUCUGUGUGCAUGUUCAUGUGCCGCCACCCUUCUGUGUGCAUGUUCAUCAUUUGGCCUUCUUCCCGGCCUUUCUGCUCGUCACCACAACGCAAGUGCUCGGAUACGGGUGGGCGGGCAUGUUCAGACGGUACCUCGUGGAGCCGGCGCACAUGUGGUGGCCCACAGACCUCGUCUAUGUCUCCCUCUACCGAACCCUGCACGAAUCCGACACACCAGCGCGAGGCAUGCUAACACGGGCGCAUUUCUUCUUCCUCAUAACAGCGCUCUCCUUCUGCUGGUACCUCGUGCCCGGCUACCUCAUCCCCAUCGUCUCCUGCCUCUCCUGGGUCUGCUGGGUCUGGCCCUCCUCCGUAACAGCCCAGCAACUCGGCUCAGGUCUGAGGGGCAUGGGUCUGGGUGCCAUCACUCUCGACUCGGCAACAGUAUCCGCCUUCCGCUCUCACGACUUCCCUCCCACUGCUCCCAACUCAACCUCAUCCUCGCCCCUCCCACUCCUAAGAUCACUCCACACCCCCCUUUUUCUCUUUCCCCUCCCCUUCCCAACCAGGGGCAUGGGUCUGGGUGCCAUCACUCUCGACUCGGCAACAGUAUCCGCCUUCCGCUCUCACGACUUCCCUCCCACUGCUCCCAACUCAACCUCAUCCUCGCCCCUCCCACUCCUAAGAUCACUCCACACCCCCCUUUUUCUCUUUCCCCUCCCCUUCCCAACCAGAUCACUCCACACCCCCCUUUUUCUCUUUCCCCUCCCCUUCCCAACCAGGGGCAUGGGUCUGGGUGCCAUCACUCUCGACUCGGCAACAGUAUCCGCCUUCCGCUCUCACGACUUCCCUCCCACUGCUCCCAACUCAACCUCAUCCUCGCCCCUCCCACUCCUAAGAUCACUCCACACCCCCCUUUUUCUCUUUCCCCUCCCCUUCCCAACCAGGGGCAUGGGUCUGGGUGCCAUCACUCUCGACUCGGCAACAGUAUCCGCCUUCCGCUCUCACGACUUCCCUCCCACUGCUCCCAACUCAACCUCAUCCUCGCCCCUCCCACUCCUAAGAUCACUCCACACCCCCCUUUUUCUCUUUCCCCUCCCCUUCCCAACCAGUGGUCGGGGGAUCGAUACCCGGUGCAGGCGAUUAUCACGCCGGAUUUCCGGCUGAACGAGACGAUGUAUACGGAGCAGAAUCUGGCUCCGUUCAUUUCGGUGUUCUUUGCGCUGUGCUACGGGCUGGGGUUUGCCGCGCUGACUGCAACAGUGGUGCAUGUGGCGCUGUGGUACGGGCCGGAGAUUUAUCAACGGACGAUGAGUGCCGCAACGGAGGUGAAACCAGACGUGCACACUCGUCUCAUGAGGCGCUACCCCAAGGUGCCCUGGUGGUGGUUCCUGCUGCUCCUCCUCGCCAACAUCGCAGUCUGCAUCGCCUUCCUUGAGCUCAACGCCUACUUCCAGCUGCCCUGGUGGGGCCUGCUGCUCUCCGCUGCUCUCUCCCUCUUCUUCACCCUGCCCAUCGGCAUAGUCACCGCCACAACCAAUCAGCAGCCGGGGCUCAAUAUAAUCACGGAGAUGAUCUGGGGGUAUAUUCGGCCUGGGGAGCCGAUAGGGAACGUGUGUUUCAAGACGUAUGGGUACAUCAGUAUGACGCAGGCCAUUGCCUUCUUGCAGGAUUUCAAGCUCGGGCAUUACAUGAAGAUCCCACCACAAGCCAUGUUUGUGGUGCAGGUCUUUGCCACUCUCCUAGCAAGCCUUGUCAAUCUCGGCACAUCCUGGUGGCUCUACGACACAGUGGAGAAUGGGCUCAUAUGCAAGAUUAAUGAUGAGAACUUCCCAGAAAACUCCCCAUGGACGUGCCCGACAGCCAACGUGUUCUAUUCAGCGUCCAUCAUCUGGGGGCUGAUCGGCCCCGAGCGCAUGUUUGGCCCCUCGGCCUUCUACAACAACCUCAACUGGUGGUUCCUCGGAGGGGCGCUCGCUCCCAUCCCCUUCUGGGCCGCGCACAAGAUGUGGCCGCGCCAGGUGUGGUUGACCAAGGUGCAUAUCCCAGUGAUGCUCACAGGCGUGGGCAUGAUGCCGCCGGCUUCACCCAUCAACUACCUGGGCUGGCUCACCAUGGGCUUUAUCUUCAACAAGCUCAUCUUCACUUACCGAAAGGUGCGGUAA